CCACUUCCCGAUGGCCUAGUGUCCCGUAGUGUUUUCAAAAUGGCCAUCACCCUGCUAGGCAGCGUGCCGCUGCUGGUUCUGCUGGUGCUAGCGGGCUUAGAGCGAACGUUCGCCCAAACCCAGUACAAUCUAACAUUCAACGAAGGACCAACCGUGGUCAGUGUAAACCUUCAAACGCGCGAACUCCGCGUGACUCGCUCCGGUAAAACGGUUCAACAGAUUCGCCUUAGUGCCAGCCUCGAUCCGGCGGCAAUCUACACGGAAACGGCCACUGGAUUUACGCUCACGAAUGCAGCAACCGAUGGGACAGUGUUGGAAUUGGCACGGGAUGUGGAUGAGGCGAAUUACUCGCAGUUGUCGAUCGCUCGAAGUGCGGUCCCACGAACGGUGUCAUUUGUCGACUGUGCCAAUCUGCUUGCCACGAACUGGUACGGUGGUCCUCAGCAAAAGCACCAGUACUGGCCGGUGCAGAAGUUGCGUUUUAACCGAUACAGCAUGCUCUCGAAGGAGGCCGAUAAUAGUGCGAUCGGUGAUCGGUACUGGCUAAACGCGCUGGGUUCGUUUCUGUACAUUGAUCCAUGGGCACCGCUGUUUGUCGAUCAGAAUUACGGUCAACCGGGUUUUAUGUGUCUGGAAACACGGUCCGCUUUGCCAUACGACACGCACGGAACCGGAUACGACGUUCGGUACACGAUCGGAGUGGCAGCGGAUGCCCGUGAAGCCCAGCAAAAGGCUGUCCAGCAUGUCCUGGGACGACCGACCGGUCAUCCAGCCGAAUCGAUGGUAAGUGAACCGAUCUGGUCGACCUGGGCGCGAUACAAACGGGACAUUAACGACGCGGUAGUCCUGCAAUUCGCCGGGGAAAUCAUCUCAAACGGAUUCCGCGGUCAGUACGAGCUGGAUGACGAUUGGGAGUGGUGUUACGGGGCGCUCACCUUUAACCGCACCAAGUUCCCGGAUAUCCGCAGUACGAUCGCAACUAUCCGGGAGCUUGGAUUCGCGCACACAACCCUCUGGAUACAUCCGUUCAUCAACAAGGGUUGCGAACCGUGGUACUCGGACGCGCACCGUCGUGGUUACCUCGUGACGGAUUGGACCGGCAACACCGACACGGAGUGGUGGAAUUCCGUCCGGGGUCAAGCCGCAUACAUUGACUUUAGUCAGGCGCAGGUUCGCGAAUGGUUCAGCGCUCGAUUGCGUGCCAUUCUGGCCGAGUCCGGUAUCGAUAGUUUUAAGUUUGACGCAGGUGAAAGCAGCUGGACACCACCGGAUCCGCGACUCGACGGUCCGACCACGCGCCAUCCGAGUCAGAUCGUUGGUGAUUACGUACGCACGGUGGCUCAGUUUGGGGAUCUUGUUGAGGUGCGAUCCGCCCUUGGCACGCAGGAUCUUCCCGUGUUCGUGCGCAUGAUCGACAAGGACUCGAACUGGGGCUGGAAUAAUGGAUUGCCGACGCUUAUCACGACGCUGUUGCAGCUGAAUAUCGUCGGGUAUCCGCUCGUGUUGCCGGAUAUGGUCGGUGGGAAUGGUUAUGAUAACCAGCCACCCACCAAGGAGCUGUUCAUCCGUUGGCUACAGGCCACCGUCUUUAUGCCAAGCAUCCAGUACUCGUACGUACCGUGGGACUUUGACCAGGAAACGGUCCAGAUUUCGCUCGCCAUGACGGAACUGCAUCGUCGCAUGACACCGGCCAUUAUGGAGCGGUUUGCAUUAGCCGUUUCGGACGGAUCACCGGUCAAUCCGCCCUUGUGGUGGAUCGAUCCGACUGACGUCACUGCGCAGCGCAUUUAUGACCAGUUUCUACUCGGUGAUGACAUCAUUGCGGCACCGGUGAUCGUGGAAAAUGCUCGGGCUCGAGACAUUUAUCUGCCACGUGGGUCUUGGAUGGAUGGUAAUACGAAUGUCCAGCACACCGGCCCAAAAUGGCUGCGGAAUUAUACGGUUCCGUUGGCGAUGGUGCCGUACUUCACGCGGAUCGUCGCAUAAAGCCGCCUUGAGGGUGUAUUAAUAAGGAACAGCAGCUUUAGGGAUAGAUAUUGCGCGUGAUAUUGAAUUCCAGGUUCUACUAUUGUUGAAUUCGGAAUUCUACUUCUUCUGGUGAUAAAUAGAGAAGUCUAAAAGUAAUAAAAAAAACGGCAGUAGGCAACAAAAUGCUUUUGAUGGUGCGCUGUAAACAGGACAAUGGCUGGGAUUAAUUCGAUGACACACUUUAAGCAGCGUUCAGAACACGGGAUUAAAGCGGCUAAGAAAAUUCAGGAACCCCCUUGGUAAUGAUGGCACCCAACUUCAAGUAAAAUCGCGCCCUUCCACAACCACCCAUGGGCAGUUCUUUAGUGUACGAACGCCAAACCCUCCUAAGGAAUACCUGAAGUGAGCUAAGCAGAAGCUUUACGAAGAAGUCGUUUAACAAAGAGCAACGGAAUAAAAAACUAAAAGCAGCACUCUGAAACGUGUGCUUCCGGAUGGCAUUG